AUGGUCGCAACAUCCGCACAGUUUGACGAGAAUGCGGCUAUUCGCCGCUUCCAAGACUUUCUCCGCAUUCCCACGGUCAGUGGUCAAGGACCCAAGGGAGCGUACCAAGAUUGCGCGGUGUGGCUGACUGCGUACAUGACGGAGCUUGGUUUCCUCGAGGACAUACAAGUGUUCUCUCCCAUUGAAGGCAAACCUAUCGUUGUAGCGACGUGGAAAGGCAAAGAUCCGACCCUCCCGAGCAUCUUGCUUAACUCUCACUACGACGUGGUGCCCGUGAUGGAGCAAUUUUGGAACUACGAGCCGUUUGGGGGAGAGCUCUUGGAAAAUGGAAUGAUCGUAGGCCGAGGCGCCCAAGACAUGAAGAGUGUUUGCAUCCAAUACUUGGAAGCUCUUCGACUGCUGCACGCGACGGGGUUUGUUCCUGCUCGCAACAUCCACUUGAGCUACGUGCCGGACGAGGAAAUCGGUGGGUCGGAUGGCAUGGGCGAAUUCCUUAAGUCGAAGCAGUACCAAUCGAUGCUUCCCAUUGCAUUGGCGCUGGAUGAAGGACUGGCGAACCCAACGAACAAGUUUACCGUGUUUUACGGCGAGCGCACGCCUUGGUGGUUGUACGUCAGAGCUGAGGGACUAACAGGACAUGGGAGUCGGUUCAUUCAGGACACUGCCACGAUCAAGCUCAUCGACAUCUGCAACAAGGCCUUGAAAUUUCGCGAAGAGCAAGAAAAGUUGCUCGGCACGACCUGCGGGUGUAAGCAUGGUGAAAUGAAGAAGAGAAACUUGGGCGAUGUAACGACAGUCAACUUGACCGUCCUGCGCAGCGGUGUGACCACCGACGGUGGCAAGACGUACGCACUCAACGUGAUCCCGACGGAAGCCAUGGCUGGCUUCGACAUUCGUGUGUCGCCGAAUCAAGACCUAGUCGAGUUCAAAGCGAUGCUGGACGAAUGGUGCUCGGCGGAAGGCGUGUCUUGGGAAUUUGUGACCAAGAACCCACUGCAUCAACACCACGUGACAUCCGUCGAAGAAGAAACGAACCCGCUGUGCGCCAAGUUUCUGUCCGUCGCGGAGGUUUGUCUGCUGAACUGGACAAGUGUACUGAAUCUGACGCAUGUGCAUGGCAGAAAUUAGGGAUGGAAGUGGAGCUCGAAGUGUUUCCGGCGGCCACGGACAGCCGAUUCUUGCGCCAGUUGGGCGUGCCGGCGCUUGGGUUCUCCCCCAUGAACAACACGGAGGUCCUGCUGCACGAGCACAACGAAAUGCUGCACAAGGACACGUUCGUCAAGGGCAUCCACCUGUACAAGGGCAUCUUCGAGCACCUUUUCGACAACUGAUUGCAUGCGUAUCAUAAUUGUUUGGCCUUGGCAUAGCGAUGCUGUUUGCCAGAAAGCGAUUUGUGUGUUCGAAGCCAAGGUCGUCUUCUCCACCGUCGAUCUACUUUGCAUGGCUUUUGUUCGAAACGUCGAACGACGUGUUGUAGUAACUGAGGUCGCACGACAAACUUUGGCACAGCACUGGUUGGGAAAGGAAAGGGA